AUGUCACCGCCUCGAAGAAAAUGCCAUUUUAACGCUGAGUUGCAAGCAGAGUAUCCAUUUUUGAAACAAAAAUCAAAUGUUUCACCGCAUAUUGUGUUUUGCCAAGUUUGCAGAAGUGAUGUUGAUAUUUUUAACAGUGGUCGCAGUAAUAUCAAACAACAUUUGACCAAGAAGAAACACAUUUUGGCUGCAAAUGCAAACUUGAAGAGCAGAAAAUUGGAAACUUUUCUUAAAAGUAACAGUUCAAGUUCUGAAGAUAUGUUGAUUGCUGCCAAGGAAGGUACUUUUGCUUACCAUACAAUUAAGCAUUUGCAAAGCUUCAGAUCCUUAGACUGCACGUCAAAACUAAUUGUAAACGUGUUUGAACCAAAAUUUGCGGCAGCUCGAACCAAGACUGAGGCGAUUGUAAAAAAUGUUUUAGCUCAAGAAGCUCAGUCCCAAUUAGAAAUUGACCUUCGAAAAGCAAAUUUUGUUAGCAUCACGAUCGAUUCGUCAAAUCAUCGAGAAAUUAAAGUUGUGCCCUUAAUGGUAAGGUAUUUUGAUGGUGAAAAGGGUAUCCAAGUAAAAUUACUUCAGCUGCGUGACUUACCUGGAGAAACAUCAGAGCAGUUGAAAGAUUACGUGGUCAGUGCUUUGAAUCACCAUAAUCUACUUCAAAAAUGCAUCGGAAUGUCUGCUGAUAACACAAAUACAAAUUUUGGUGGAAUGAGGAGAAAAGGAGUGAAUAAUCUAUUCAGCAAGUUAAAUGCUUCUCGUGGCAAACCCGUCAUUGGAAUUGGUUGUGUAGCACACAUCUUUAACAACUGUUUACAAAAUGCGACGGACGUCUUACCAAUAGACGUCGAGGUUAUUGCGGUCAAGAUUUUUAAGCAUUUCUAUAUUUUUACAGUCAGAGUGGAGAAACUAAAACAGUUUUGUGAUUUUGUUGAUGUCGAGUACAAAAAAAAUGUUGUCGUUUUCAAAAACUAG